CGGCCUCUAUUCUCUACUCUCUCCUUCUCUCUCCCUCUUAACUCCCCUCCCCAUGCCCUAAAUAAACUCUAUUCUAUAUUUGGGGGGAAAAAAAAAAGGCAGAGUCUCUCCAGGCAGCCCUGGAACUCACUUGAUAGAUCAGGCUACCCUCAAAUUCACAAAGAUCAAUCUGCCUCUGCCUCCCCAGAGCUGGGAUUAAAGGCUUGUGCUGCUAUGCCCCGCUCCUUUCUCCUUCUGUUCCCAAAUUCCUCUCUGCCAAAUGGCUGUGAAGGGGUGAAGGGUUGGGGAAAUGAAAUUUGUCCGUAACGAGGUAGAGAUGACAAGGUCUAAGGGCUCCGUGUUAGAGCUUUCCAGAACAAUAACUUAGAAUCCUGAUUACCUGAUUGAUACAUGUGAACCAUCAACUCCUGAUGCUAAAAGAAUAAGUCAUAAACAGACAUUGGCCUUCUCUAAAGUUUGUACCCCUGUUGCUCGCUCGCCCGCUCGCUGUGACACCGAGAGUCCCUUUUGCUUGUCCUUUUCUAAGGCUUGUUUACACCAUCGUGAUCUCUGCCCUUCUGGACUUGCCAUUCUCUGUAUCACCUGACGGGGUGGGGGUGGGGGAGGAGAGGUGUAUAUAGCCCCUACCUCCAGUCAAGCCCGGAGUAGACGGGAGUAGACAAGAAGGACUGCGACACAGACCCGCUGCAGUGUCCCCAGGCUGCAUUCUGCUAUCAUGAAGCUGCUUGCAAUGGUCACACUGCUUGUCACCCUCUGUAGCCUGGAAGGAGCGAUGGUUCGGAGACAGGCAGAGGAACCGGACGUGCAGAGCCUGUUCGCUCAGUAUUUUCAGAGCAUGACUGACUAUGGCAAGGAUUUGAUGGAGAAGGCCAAGACCUCGGAGAUUCCGAGCCAGGCCAAGGCUUACUUUGAGAAGACUCACGAGCAGCUGACACCCCUUGUCAAGACAGCUGGAAGUAGUCUGAUGAACUUCUUAAGCGGUUUAAUGAACUUCGAGAAAACAGCUUCUGCAGCUAAGUGAGAUGUGUCAGGACCAGUCUUCCUACCCCAGCUGCCCCGCUGGCCACUGCUAGAGCCCCUCUCCCGUUUUGCCUGUUUUCUCCAAUAAAUGAGGAAGGAAUUAAA